AUGUGUUGCUGAUAUGAUCAUGUAAAAUAAGUCUUAAAAAAUAUAUCAACUUUUAAAACAAUGAACUACUACAGAGCAACAGAAGUAUAUAUAUUGUAACCACAAUAAAAUAGCACAGUAUAUAAUUUUGGCACUAAUAAGUUGAGAAAGAUAAACGAGGACCUGGCGUGAAUGGUGUUAGAUGCCAGCAACAAGAUGGUCCCCGAGCAACUCUCUGUGACUGAGCAGACAACAUACGAGACGAGCUGCCACCAGGACCUCAGCGUCCAGAACCAGGAGUCUCAGGAUAGCUCGGAGUUCGGCAGCAGCAUCAAGGAGGAGGACCUCGAGGACGACUACGAUGGCACAGACACCAACAACGUGGGCGACGACCAGGACCUAGAGAAGAGGGCGCAGAGAAAGCGCUACAAACGCGAGGGCGACCCCAACUGCAUCAAGAAGAUUCGUUCGAGGAAGCAGCCACAGACCUUCGAGGACAUUCAGAAUCAGCGAGUGAUGGCGAACGUUCGCGAGCGACAGAGGACCCAGUCCCUGAACGAGGCGUUCGCCCAGCUGAGAAAAAUCAUUCCAACUCUCCCGUCAGACAAGCUGAGCAAGAUCCAGACUCUGAAGCUGGCGGCCCGAUACAUUGACUUCCUGUACCAGGUCCUCCGUAGUGAGGAGAUAGACACCAAGCUGAGCACGAGCUGCAACUACGUGGCACACGAGAGACUCAGUUAUGCCUUUUCUGUGUGGAGGAUGGAAGGGGCGUGGUCCAUGACCGGCAGCUCGUGACAGACGCCAAUAGAUAGUCCAAUCACUUCAGAUGGUUCCGGUUGACCUCGGCCGAUACAAAUAACGCCCGACUGGAUUCAGGUUGGCGUCCAUCAUGGUGACGUGAAGUAGUCGUCUUGGUAACAGUUCUCACUAACAAUGGAAUGUGGAAUACGUUUUUGUCUUAGAAUCUAGUUAAAUCCAUAAGGUGUUUUAAUGCUGGCACUCUAACGGGUGGAUAACGAUGUGUGGGUGUCGUGAAAUUUAGAAUUUCACUCCAUGUUUUGUAGGACACGCAAUGAGAACAUGUUUAUUCUUCCAUUGUUUAUAUUUACUCUAAUAGGGAGAUUGUUCCUCUUUUAAUGACAAUAAGGUGCCUUCCACAGUCACAAAGGAUAUUGCAUUGUUUAAAGUCAGUCCUUGAUAUAUUCAUAUCAACGACUGCUUACAAUUCUCGUGGCAGCAGGUUUUGUUUAAUGUUUACAAUCGGUGCUUCCAUUUCGAUAUCGGUUGUUCAAACAGAGCAAGACGAAUUGUUGUAAUCAGUAUGCAAAACAAAAUAUUACUGACUAUUGAUUGAAAACUAUAAUAUAGCCAUAAAGUGUCAACUGGUGCUAUUUUACAUACGGAUUUUAAGUGGUCUUAAAUGUUGGCUAUAUAAUAAUUAUGCGUGGCUCUGACAUUUCGUGUCACUGUAUGUAAGUUUGGAAUGUUCGUUCAUACAACGACGGUUGUGAAUACAUUCAAAUGAAUUUGCUGUUUGGGUAUUUUAUUCCAAUGGAUGUCAUAUGAAUGGUAUGAGAAAACAAAAACAAUAAUAGUGAUCUCGUUACGAUCUCUGUCAACACCAUAGACAUUUUAUAAAGACGAUUUGUGGACGAUCAACACAUCACAGGAUUUUCAACAAAACAUUUGGAUGAGAAACAACUCAAUACAUUUACAAUUUCUCAGAAAUUGGUUUCAACUGCGAAGUCGUUGCAAGACUUUUGGCAGUUGGUUUGGAUCAUGAACUGAUGAUUAAAUUAUAAACACAAUAAGCUAUUGUUAAUAAUAGUGUAGACAGUUGUUAUCAGGUGUCAGCAUGCGAUGCUAUUCGAAGCGAUCGAUUACAGGUACGUACAUGAAGUAUACUAGUCUCAACAGUUGAUUUGGACUACAACACAAGAUUCCAGACUGAUAUUCUGUAUUGGACUAUCUUGACAUUACAACAGUCUAGACUUUCAGUUUUCUCAGAUUCUGGAUCGGACUAGCUUGACAUCACAACAGUCUAGACUUUCAGUUUUCUCAGAUUCUGGAUUGGACUAUCUUGACAUCACAACAGUCUAGACUUUCAGUUGUCUCUGAUUCUGGAUCGGACUGUCAUGACGUCACAAGAUUCUGGACUUUCAGUAUUCUCAGAAUCUGGAUUGGACUGUCAUGACAUCACAAUAUUCUGGACUUUCAUGGUUUAGACCAUCACGGCAUCGCAAUAUUAUGGACUUCAGUUUUCUUAGUAUCUGGAUUGGACUAUCGCGAUAUCUCAUGAUUUUGGACUUUCAGUAUUCUGGUUAGACCAUCACGACAUAACAAUAUUCUGGACUCUGAGUAUUCUCAGAAUCUGGAUUGGACUACCAGGAGAUCAAGAGAUUCUCGACUCAAUAUGCUGUAAAAGCGGUUUGCCAACUUCCCUUUGAAUCCGAGUGAAAACUCCGCUUUUCGGAACAGUGUGCUUAUGGUUGUCCAAAAGAACCAAUUAUGUUUUUAAUAGAAGCCAUGCUUGUUUGUCCGUCCAUAACAUUUAGAGUAACUCUGAAUUAUCCACAUGUUGAAAUACUUGUACAUAUUGAGUGAGAUCUAUGCAAUGGUUACCAAGGUAACCAAAUCACACACACACACAAAACCCAGCAUCAUAAUACCCAAACCAGCAUAUCAAUAAUGGAAGAAAAAAAAAAAUCAUACUUCCACCGGAUCUCAAUUUUAAUAUUUCCAGUUAGGUUUGUAGGAGGGCGGUUGCAUAUGACCAAGCGAGAUAACGCAUGGCAAAGGGUUUUGUUUUUGUUGUUGUUGUUGUUGUUGUUGUUGUUGAACCUCAAUCCUACAAUCCUAGUGAGAUCCAAAAUGUAAAAUCAAAAUGACGACUAUAUUUGAGAUAUUUCUGAAGUAACAUCCCAAAUAUUGCUUUAAUAACAACGCACAAUCAAAACUAUAUAAAAAAAAUAACUUAAAUCACUCCCAUUCCGAUAUUUAUUCCCACUUUGUUGCUCUGGUUAAAACGAAUAUGUAUCUGAUGAAAUAUAUACGUUAACAUAAAAACAUAAACAUAUGUGGCCAAAUUUACAAAGCCUGUUUUAGACUUAUACAUCUGUUACUACAUACAUUUAGUAUGCUUCAACACUUGUAUUUAAGAAAAACAGACUAUGUAAAUUCGGCCAAUGCUAAAACGCGGCCUUAUCUCGAACUUUAAUAAAUUCGUAACAUACUAGGCUGAAUUUAAAAAGCAUGUUUAUCUUACACGCGUGUAUACAUUUACAAUGCUUAAAAACCUGCGUUUAAGAAAAACAGGCUUUGUAAAUUCUGCCUACUAUUUUUUUUCUUUCAAAAUGUUCACUAUGAUCACGGAUUUAUUUAUUGGAUCAGAAGAGACAGCUAACCAUCGAUAAUGGUUUUAUAUCGGGACCAAUUCUAUAUCUUUAGUUGUUGAGAGUACUCGAAGUAAUAAGGCAGUUAAUGAAAAUGAACGUUUAAUUCAUUUUAUAUCAGGAAUGACUUUAAGAUGAAACAAAACUCAAAACGUGUAGUGCAGUUCGGAUCAUUUGCUUGUAAGAGACAAGAUAGUUCAUAUAUCUUUAAUUUCAAAACAAUAUAAUGAUCGUACGUAAGGUGAAACUUAUUAAGUUGUUACCACAAACACAAUAUAAAUAAUGGCUAAGGCAAAUUAAUUGACUAAAAAGGAAAAUAAACAAAUUCACGUGCUGUACUUUAUAGUUUUAAAAUAAAUAAAUAAAUAAAUAAAUGACAAAGCUGCAAAUAAUAAAGCUGCAAUAAACUUAAGACCACUGAAUGAAUAAAUUACUCAAAAUAAUCGAAGACGUUCCUUAUAAUUUGUUAUUUGGGGAUAUAUGUUCAAGGAGAAUUCUUACAUUAAAUAUGUAGUAUGUAACCUUUCACAUAUUGGUGUUUGGUUUCACUUGAAACCCACAAUAAUUGUAUUUUAUUCAACAGUAGUUUGGGGUCGACUGUAUUUUAUUUAUUAAUUUAUUACGACUUCUUUUGGGGGUGGGUUCCAUUAUUAUUUUUAUUUCUCUAUUUUUCCACAUGGUUCAUGAAUUCACGUUCCACUUGUGAACAACUUCCGGUGCCAUGGUUAAGUUGCUAACCUUUUGAUGAGAGUGCAGUGAAGCGUUCAGUUUUUCUUUACAUUUAUUUUUAAAAGUAAACCAAUUUGUACAUAAUAAAUUACAAAAUAUAAUGUAUUUUGUGUGGUUUAACAAAAGAUUGCAUGUGCAUAUUUUCCUAUUUGAAAAUUCUAUAAUAAAUGUAAUAAAUAUUUACGAAGAA